CGAGAAGCAUUAGUAUACUGUGAAGAGAAGCAACUGAGGUGGACAACCGAGUGACUAAUUUUUUUUUUGACUAGUUUUAGUUUUUUCUACUUCUACGUAAUGGCUACACCUACAACCCAAGCAAACAAUGAAAAUGUAGAAGAAUAAGUCGACUUCUACAACAAGAGCGACAGCGAGCAGGAUGGCAUAAUAGAAACUCGACGGAUGUACGUAGUUCAGUAGAAAUAAGAGAACGAUAGAAUUAUAUAGUUCAACUUCAAUCACUCUUCUAAACGAUAACAAAUAUUUGUAAUACUAGAUUCGGUUUGGUCUUCAACUUCAUGAUCGUCCGAAAAGGUAAAUAAAGUCGAAAUCAGAUUGAUAAUAUAAAUCAAAAUCUUGUUCUUAAUCAUCUCUCUCCCUGUUAGAACACGACAGUUCAAAUGCCGUUGUCAAAACAGAAGCCGAAGCCUUCGGACUUCCGAAAUUCGAGAGCACUGAAAAAAGCCAGGAAGAAGAUCUUUCCGCUCUCGGCGAUGCACAAUGUCCUACCAGCGAUUCCGAAGUUUCUCCAUUUCCUCACUGUGUUGGUUAUUUAUGAAAGGGAAGACAAAGAAGUACUAGAAUUAAUUACAAUUAGUAGAACAGAACUUGUACCCCGACGUCUGCUCCCCGUUCAUACUUUCGAGGCCUUGCACAUUGUCGGGACCGGUGCGCUGCUCACAUUUUGCGUCAUCGAAAUGGCCAGAGUGCAUCGGAAUAUUGUCGUGAGUAAGAUGAAAACAGACACGACUGGCUCUGGCGGUGUGGUUGGAAUGUUGUCUGGCGUGUUGGUACAACUACAGCUAUGUUUAGAUAGAUUUUUGUGCUUCUUGCGUGUAUUGAUCUUGUCAAAUCGAUUUCCUCGUGAUCGUGAAUGUGAUCAGUGUUAUAAUGUUUUGAGUGUUCGUUUCAUCUACAUGAUCUGACUUACGACGCUUCGUCCCCUUCUGCUCCUCUGAUGUACUUAUUCCGCUCAAGAGUUUCCUCCCUGUUCCAGCAAAAACUUACACUUUUCCCUAAUUCGAUCCAUCUCAACACAGUUUCGCCCCUACGUCUGCUACCUCUACGACGCGUUCUUUCCCUCGCUCGUUGCCGGCUACCACUUGCUGUUCUACGCAACAUUCGGCUCUUUUGACCUGCUUGCGAGCUCGUUUUUCACUUACAAGCUGCUCCUUCUGCUAGCCGUCUACCAGAGUGCGAUAAACGCGGGGCUAUACUACAGCGGUCGCUUCUUCUACUUUCUCAGCUCGUUACCAAGAAAGUACGCGAAUCCACCAGCACCACCAGUCUUUCCUUUGCUGUGCUAUCUAGCCCUACCAUGGAGCACUUUCACAGUGUGGUUGCUGAACGUGCAGCAAGCGUGGACACAAUACUCUAAUACCCGGUGGCUCACCACGCUGCUUCCCAUCCUGGCAAUAGUCUAUGCCGGAAGAUGGCAGCUCCGAAAGCCGUGUAUUUUGGCACUGCCGAGGGAUGGGCAACAGGUACUACAAGUUGUACAAACUCUAUGCAUCGCAAGAGUCGUUUGUUGUCCUUACAUCACUGACUUACGCAAACGUCACCUUCUUCACCUUAAAACUCUGUCGCACACUCUUGUCUGCCUUCCUCUAGUUUACAGAUUAGCCAGAUAGCUACUGAUGCUGUCGCUAUCUCGCUCCCACGACACGCAGCAGACUCAUAAUCAGAUGAUUCUUCUUCCUGACCUCGCGCUAGGCACAUUCAUUCAUUCAUUCAUUCAGAUAAAAACGGGUCUCGAUAUUGCUGUCGGCAUCGUGGUGUUUUCAGUGCUGCAUUUCGGGUUCCUGGAGAAUGAUUUCUUCCUCCGUACUAAAAACUGGAAGUACAUCUUUGCAGCCACGAAUGCCAUCUGGCCACCACUGAUUAUCUUUCGCUAUCGUAAAAUAGGCCUUCAUUCAACAAUCUUCAACUUUUUCCGCGCUGAAGGUAGAAGUACAGGAGGUUUUGGAACUACAACAAGCUCAGCAGCGUCGAGAGGAGGAGAACAAGAACAAGGACAAGCUAGUGGUAGUACGACCACAACCAGUGGCAGUGCACCUUCUUCAAUAAGUAGACACAAAACUACUCCUAGUUCUAUGGGAGGUGCAACUUCUAGUACAGCAAGUACAACAAAUAAUAUUAAAUCUUCGGGGUCAACCAUGUACUCGUCGCCGUCUGAUGAAGUUGCUGCUCGCCGUGCCAAAAUAGAGUCAAUGAGCAAGAAAGAGUUUGUAGUGGAGCUGACACGAAAGCUUGCCAGUACUGGAAAGAAUAUGUUCUUUGCUUCACGCUCCUCAGGGUCAUCCAAAAGCAAGGAGCCUAAGCCUCUAAUGAGACUACCAGUACUAGUUCCACGAUCUGGCACAAAAAACAAUGCUUCAUCUACAGAUUCGAAGAGAAUUGAUGACAGGACAAAGCCAAACGCAAAGACUUCUAUGACCUCGUCCACCUCAGGAGGUAUAAGAAGUAAAGAGCCACCACCAUCAUAUGGUGCAAUUUCUACUUCGUCUACUUCUGCCGCACAACAAAAAGCUUAUGUCCGUAGUCAGCCUGUAGAUUCACCCAUAGAGGAUGGGAGCGGGAAUGAAGCCUCCCCAUCUCCAGAGGACCAGCUCUACGUUGAAGCCGGUCUCCCCUUAACAAGAAAAGACGCAGGAAAGGAUGCCCUACAAGUGAGCGAACUUGUAAAGGAGCUGCGGUUGCAGCUGCAGUCCAGUCUAGCGAGCUUUGAUGCCUUAGUACUAGAGGAAGAGAUGGCAUCUUCAGAAGGCGUUGUCACACCUACUGGAGGAAGUACAGCCAGGAGUAACAAGGACCUCUUCAUUAGUAGGGCUACAACUAGGGACGAUAACAAGGACAUCACAAACACUAGUGGUCCUCGUGGCGAUAAAGAUGCAGCUGAGGACCCUGCUGACAACUCUACAACUUCACCUUCCUCUGGUACUCGUGCAGCUGGAGCUUCACCUAGUAGAAUAAUGCUCCCACCUCCUCCUGCUUCUCCGACAACAUCUUCUCCGAAAGCGUCUCCACAGCCUACUUCUAGGACUUUCAGAGCAAGACAUGCACUGUUAAAGAUGCCACUACUACUUCUACCUAGGAAGAGCCAGAUAAAGUGGCGGGCUGAUGUGGAAGCCCUUCUGGAUGAGCUAGGGAAAGGCUUAGGCGGCGGCAGUAAAGGCGAUAACGGUAGUCAGAAUAAAGACAAUGAGGUAGUAGACGAAGACAGUGGAACAGAAGAUGUCGAUGAAGAAACACUGGACCGACUCAUCGCGCAAGUCGAAGAACUGACCGCGCUGGCGAGUAAAAGCAUAGAGGAGAAUGAAGUUGUAGCUGGAAAACAAGAAGAAUGAAUAUAUUAUAUUAUAUUAUAAGUAACUUCGACUUCGACUUCAUCUUCUUGUUCUACUUCUAAAUCUAAAUUCCGCUAUUGUUACUCAGGAUCGACUUAUUUCAUACUCAUUUCUCCGCCUCGCCCUGCCCCUGCCUCAGCUCAUGUUGACGGAAUUACGUCAUCAUUACUGCGUUGUAAAAAUUACGAUGGAGGUACUUAGGACAUCUGAUAGUACAACUAAGAGGUAUAGGUGAUGACGUGGUUCCGGCGUGAGACGUAGGCCGAACGAGAGCACAGCGCUUGUUCGCUGUCGUGCAUCAUGAC